GGUAUUGUAGCAGCUACUGAACUAUUAAUUCUUGCAGCACAAAUGGCUUCACUUAAUUUAAUUAUAUUUUGUCAUGCUAGCUGUCUGAUUAGAUUUUGUCUUAUAAUAAACAGCAGCUGUGGGGGCUCUUCACACUUUCAGCACUGUGGACAGCAUCGCGGGGGGCGGGAUUUAGUCAAACAGCCCUGCUUUGUGAUUGGUCGCUUCCGAGCAGUAACAAAUCCCAUCUCUUUUGUGUUUUUUUCCUCGGGACUUUGGUUCUAUUAGGGCGGCUACGGCAGCGUCGGUAUGUGCGUAAAGAAAAGACCUUACGUCACGUGACACCCUUUUACUCUCAAUCUGAUAAUUUAAGGAAAAGUCGACAGUUUUUAACAUAUCUAUCCACAAGGCAGCUUUGUUUCUUCACGCCAGUGUUUUUUUUUUCACCCACCAAUUGUAUUCCUUAGGAUGGUACCGAAGGUAAGAGCGAAAUUGUAGCCUGAAUCCCGGACCAAAAAAGCGUUUUGUUUUCAAGAAGAGUUGAUAUACCUGUUUGUCAGUGGAGAAGAACAUUGAGUGAUCAUCAUGGCAGAAAACAACUUCCCUCCUCUGCCUCGCUUCAUCCCCCUCAAGCCAUGUUUUUACCAGGACUUCAAUGAAAUCCCUGACCAGCGUCGCACCAUGUGCAAACGGCUGUACUAUUUGUGGAUCUUGAACAGCGCCACUCUGGCUUUUAAUCUGAUUGGUUGUCUUGCCUGGAUGUGCGGCGGUGGAGGAGCGACCAACUUUGGCAUGGCCAUCCUGUGGCUCAUCCUCUUCACUCCAUGCUCCUACGUCUGCUGGUUCAGGCCAAUCUACAAGGCCUUCAAGACUGACAGCUCCUUCAACUUCAUGGCGUUCUUCUUCGUCUUCAUGGCCCAAGUUGUGAUCAGUAUCAUUCAGACUGUGGGUAUUCCAGGCUGGGGAGUGUGUGGUUGGCUGGCGACCAUCACCUUCUUCAGCACCAAUGUUGGAGCAGCUGUAGUCAUGCUGAUCCCCACCAUCAUGUUCACUGCAGUGGCUGUGCUCUCCGUCAUCGCUCUCACAAAGGUUCAUAACUUCUACCGUGGCAGUGGAGGCAGUCUGGGGAAGGCCCAGGAGGAGUGGGCCACCGGAGCCUGGAAGAACCCCCACGUGCAGCAGGCAGCUCAGCAGGCAGCCAUGGGAGCAGCUCAGGGAGCCAUGCAGCAGAACCAGUACUCAGCAGCUCCCACCUACAACUACGACGAGCCAAUGUAGGACAAAGGCGGAGCCUGUCUGCUGAGUGGCACAGAUAUAAAGGGAUCAAUUAAGAACACAAUUCAGGAUUAGGUGCCCUUCAUUAUAAUGUGUUAGUGGAAUUCUGAACACAACAAUGUAGAGAACAGUCGUGUUUUUUUGGGGGAGGGGUCAGCGAUUUAUUCAGUUCACAUGUAAGUCAGCCUGUUUUUCUUGAAAUCUUUUAUGCAGCACAGUUUUAGCCGGUCAUCGUGUGUGGCUUUGUUAAGGAGACUCCCACAGCAUACAUAUAACGUACAUAUAACAACUGUCAUUCCUCGGAGCUUCAUCUCUUUAUUCCGGUGGACUGAUCUGAGGUCAGUGCAGGGUGACGUCUCUGCCUCUGCCUGUGCCACUCCUUACGAUGCCUAUUACUCAUCUGUAAUGUGUUUUCAACAGUAUAUCUGUCAUGUGUUAGACUAUGUAUUUUUCUUCACCAAACUCCUGAACUUGUUAAUGUUUUCAAGGAAAUAUUCAGGUCCAAUAUUCAGCCGACAUAAUGUUUCAGCAUGAGGGGAAAUUCAUUUAACCAAGUAUAUUUGAUAUAUUUGAUCAAACAAAGAACUGGCAAACCUAUAUACACAGUUCACAUAAAUUAGUGUGAACAGACAGCCAUUUACCUCUGCUCUGUUCUGACUGUUCUGACUUUCUGACUGUCUGGAUAAAUCCAGAAGAACUGACACAGCCUAAUUACCUCCUCUGGAGUGAUGCAGUCAUAGGUAUCUGGGUCCAGUACCAUCUGUUUCCCAGAUUCCAACUGUGUCUCUUAAAGGAACAGUUAUGGUUGCGCUAUAUUUGUAAUAAUAAUUUGUACAUGUUUAGGGAGAAACUGCACAGUCUUACAGUCUGUGUUUACAGGUUUGCUUUAUCGUACACGGGCUGUAUUUGCUAAAUAUUUGGUCAGAAAGAACAAAUGUAUCUAUAAUGGCACAAAGUAUUUUGUUUAGUACGCAUAUAUACUGCAGUAUUGUAUGUUAAAAUGAACAGUUCUUCAAAAAACAGGAGUAGUCGAAACAGCUUCUUGUAAGACGAAGAGAAGUUAACAUUUCUGUAAGACACUGAGAAAACAGGGAGUCAGAAUAAAGCAAAGACAGGCAGAGGUAUUUCUGUGUGGGGUCGAAGUGGGUGAAAUGUCCACUUUGUACUAAUGUAGCCCAGGUUAAAACAUGGUAAGGUCUGUGGACCAACAGAAACAUAUCUAAGUCUAGCUUUUAAUAUAAAUAGGCCAAAUUCAGGCCGUACUUGCUGUGGUCAGCAGUACGCCUCUUGCUGUUCAUUGGCGUGAUUUUCGGUUUCCUACAUAGUUUCAGUUUCACUUUCAGUCUCGAGAAACUCUGCGCUAGUCCGCGUCUUUGGUCUUGAAUAUUUAAACGGGGGUUGUUUGAUUUUGCUGUGUAAUUAAUGGACAGGCUGACUUCAGUUUAGUGUCCGUGUUAAAGUGAAGCACACGCCACACCGAGGGGUGUAGUUCUUUGGAUAUAACAUUCCAGUCUAACAUCGUACAGGUGAAAACUUAACUUAUUGUCAGUAUGCUGACUUUACUGACGGUCACAGUCGUCUCCCUCUUUAUGUCUAAUUCUUCCCCAACACCCUGUAGGUGAGAAGGCCUCGGUGGCUCUUUGUGUCUGAAGCACUGGGUUUUCAGCCUCGCUGCAUCAUUGUUGUGGUGAUCGUUAUUUCAUGAGUAGGUGUGAUUAUGGUGUAUGUAUAGAAGAAAACAGGAUUUAAAUUUAAACCAAUCAUUUUAAACAUGGGGUAUUUAUGUGUGUGUGUGAGAGAGAGAGAGUGUGUGUGUGGCCUUUGUGUUCAGAGUGUCAUGAUGUUUUUUUCAAAGAAAAGGUGAAAAAAAUAAAUUCCGCGUGUGUCACUUUAACUCUUCACCACAGAAUAGAUGGUAAUUACAGUAAUUCAGUAUUAGACCGAGACAGAUGUGAAGACACGUCUGGAUGCUCGUUAUCCCCAAACCUGUGUGUCGUCUUGUUUGAUUGUGUCGAUGUGGUAUUGAAUAGUGUCGUUUUAGUUCUUUUUCAGUUUUUGUACUGAACUCAUUUUAUCUGUGUAUUUCGGAUGAAGAAGAGUGUGGGAGUGUAGAGACCGUCCUGCCAUUGCACAUUUGGUUGUAUGUUUAUUUCACGGCGUUUACCUAUCAACAUCAAUGCAAUGCAUCUUUACAGCCAAUCACAGUGUAGCGAUACUAACACAAGUAUGUAGAGUAGAAUUAGGAGGUUGCAGUGUGUUCCUGUUGCUCAGGCCUCAAAUCCAAACAACACAGAGGGUGGUGAACUGGAGGAGUGAGGCCUGUGUUUCCCCAGGUUGGACACCACUAGUGUAUAAAUUCACAUUUGCAUAACAUUUUCACCAGCAGAUGCAUCACCUGUGGUGAUGAAGUCUGGCUCUGUAAAGCAGCCUGGUCGUGAAUGCAAAAAAGUUGAGCUGAAGGAUGAAUUCUGACAUGACCCGCUGUGGUUUUGUCCUGGAGUUGCACUGGACGUCGGUCCUCAUGUCACUGUAACAAAGCUUCUGUAAACCAUUUCUUCUUCAUGCCCCCUACCUGUCCCCCCGCCUCCCAGGCUGUGUGAUGUUUGUUGUUUGAUAUGUAUUAAUCUGUACUGUAUCAUAAGUAGAUAUAAAUAUAUAUAACUUGAGAAUGAGGUAAAUAUUGACCAUGGGUAAACCUGCUCUGAUUCAGUCCAUAGAUCAUGGAGGACACCGUCUCCAUAAGUGCAGUGAAUGAGAAAAACAUUUUUGUGGAUUACUUUUGUAUUAUUUGGUCUUAUUCUAAUAGGUAUUAAACAGUUCUUGUUGCA